CCGCAUCCCAAUAAUAUGCAGCAAACAGCAGCUCGGAGAGGGUAGUUUAUUGGGCCUUUGAAUUCGCGGAAGCUAAAGACGCGUCCACGCAGAUGGUGGGGGAUGAAGCGUAGCAGGAUUGAUUACUCAGCGUAGAAGGAAAAGGCCAGUUCACGUGCAUAUUACAAUGAACCACCCAUUACAUCAACACUCCCCAGAAUCAACAUUCCCAGCAUCUUCCCAGCAUCAUCAACCCAUCAACAUCCCUUAUCUUCAAGAGCUAGUCAAGGCAAAACCAUUCGCUUUCCUUAAGAGGUAGUCAAGGCAAAAACCAUGCCCGACGAACCCCAACCCCCCCAAUCCCUCCGCACCCUCUUCGCCUCAGCAACCCAAGCCCGCGACACCCUCACUUCAACCCCGGACCCCAACAGCCCCUCCUACCAGGAAAGCCUCUCCACCGCCAUAAAAACCUACGAAGAAUGCCUCACCCUCACCUCCCAACUCUCCCUCUUCAGCCCCAACGAAUCCCUAGAAGACAUCUCCACCUCGGACCUCCCCUACCUCACCAUCCCCUACCACCUCGCCGACCUCGUGCAAAAGCUGCCCAGCGCCGGCGACCUCAACGCGCGGAAAUCCCACCUCCUCCGCGCCCGCGACUUCUACGAGCGGUUCCUCAAACUCCUGGAUUCGUAUGAUAUCCUGUCACGUGACGACGCCAAACUGUAUGAAGCCUACCAGGAGGACCGAGAUACGUUUACCACGGCCGGCGGCGGCGGGACGCGGGACCCGGCGAAGCGGCGCGAAGCCAAGAUUGCGCAGUUCCGCCGGGAAAAGGAAUUGAAGCAGAAACUGGAGUAUCUGCGGCGGGAUCCGAAGGUGGCGGAGGAGGAGAGGGACGAGCAGGCGGUGCGGGAGCUGCGGUUGGCGGAGCUGGCGUUCAUGGUGCUGCAGACGUUUCAGGGGUUGGAGUCGUUGGCGCAGGAGUUGCAGGUUAUUUCUCUUGCGCCGCCGCCGCAGCCGACGCAGCAGAUGCAGGCGGGGAUGAGGGGCGGGGAGGAGGAAGAUGGGCGCGGUGCUGGGCGUCGGUCGAGGGAUGCGUAUUCGGAGAGAUUGGAUGCGUCGGUGCCUGGGCUGAGGUAUUCGGGGCCGAUUCUUAGCAGUGAUGGGAGGCCGCUGCGUCCUUUUACGCUUACGAGCACGAGACAGACGAUUCAGAAGGGGGUGUUUAGACCGGGUCAUAAUCUGCCGACCAUGUCGAUUGACGAGUAUCUCGAGGAGGAGCGGCGGCGGGGUGGUAUCAUUGAAGGGGGUGGGGAGCAGAGUGGUAUCAGGCCCGAGGUGGAUGAGGAUGAUAUGGAGAAGGCGGAUGAAGAGACGAUGAAGGCGAGGGCGUGGGACGAGUUUAAAGAAGAAAAUCCAAAGGGGAGUGGGAAUACGCUUAAUAGGGGGUAGACUGUCAUCGGUACAUGCUUGGUCAAGUCUGGCGCUGAGAGAUUCUCGCAUAGACCUUGGUUGGGCUUCCGUAUUGAUAUUGUGUAGUAGAGGAUCAAGUAAUGUAUACUCUUCCACCU